AUGCGGGACUCAAGAAUCGCUUUUAAACUGCUCCCCCCGUUUGUGAUCUUCGUCGCCGUCGUUGUGGUGUGGUACGUCGAGCCGGAUACGAUGAGGUCUCUUACAGUCUUUACCGCGUUGCUGCCUUUCAUCCUCGGCGCGCCGCAUCUCUCAGGGGGGAAUGAUGCCGCGGCGACGUUUCUUGAGGAUCUGAUCGCGAAGACGCGGGCUCUGGAGGGGUCUUCGGAGACAGGAGUGUGUCGGCAGACGUCGCUUACUGUGGACCUCGGAUACGCAAAGUACGAGGGCUACACCAACGCCACGACCAAUCUCAACAUAUGGAAAGGCAUCCGCUACGCAGCUCCCCCGACGGGACCCCUCCGCUGGCAACCCCCGCAGCCCCCGUCCGCGUCUGCGUCCAACGAGACGCUCGCGGCGACGGACUUCGGCCCCAUCUGCCCGCAGAACUACCCCGCCAUCCCGGGCCUCCCCUUCGUCCCGGGCUCCGAGGACUGUCUGUACCUGAACGUGUACGCGCCGGCCGACGGCGGCGCCGCCGCGGGGGGCCUGCCGGUGAUGGUGUGGAUUCACGGCGGGGGCUACGGGUUCGGGGACGGGAGGCAGGAUAUGGCGGAGAUCAUCAACGCGAACGGGAAUGGUUUCAUCGUGGUUGUCAUUCAAUACCGACUCGGCGCCUUCGGCUUCCUCGCCUCCGCCGAUGUCAAAUCCCGCGGCGUCGUCAACGCGGGACUCCUGGACCAGGCAUUCGCGCUCGGCUGGGUGCAGAGCUUCAUCUGCCUCUUCGGGGGCGAUCGCGACAGGGUGACGAUCGCGGGGGAGUCGGCGGGCGCGAGUUCCGUCAUGUACCACGCCCUCGCGGCGGGCGGCGGCCUCGGGACGCUAUUCUUUUCGAACGGCAUCGCGGCCUCGCCGUAUCUCCCGUUCCAGUACGGCUUUGACGCGGCGUUUCCGACGGAGCGGUAUCGCGCCUUUGCGGCGAAGGCUGGGUGUGCGGAGGCGGGGGAUGUGGUGGAGUGUCUUCGUGGGAAGGAUAGUAUGGUGCUGCAGCGAGCCAGUGCGAAUGUUACCUCGGAGCAGACGUACGGGUUCUGGGCGUUCUACCCCGUCACCGACGGCGUCUACAUCGAGAGUUUGGCUAGCGAGCAGAUGGGACGGAAGAAAGUGAACGGCGAGCGAUUCCUAGUCGGGAAUAACGCGAACGAGGGGCCCCUUUUCGUGCCCCCGAACAUCGCGAGCGUCGAUGAUCUGACCUCCUGGCUCAAACUGGAGUUUUCGAAUCUCUCGUCAACACAGAUCGACGAGAUCCUGGCUGCGAACCCGACAAGAACGGGAGCGAAUGACACCCGUUUCGAGACGAACGGACUGACGGGUCUCACGGCCAUGGAUGUGAGCCAGGCUGGGACGGGGCAGCUGCAGCGAGCCAUUAACAUCUACGCCGAAUCAACCUUCGUCUGCCCGAGCUACUGGCUCUCGACCGCCUUCACAAGCCCCUCGACGUCCGCGUGGCACUACCAGUACUCGGUCCCCUUCGCCUGGCACACCUCGGACAUACCCGCGUACUUCGGCCCCGCGACGCCCAACCAGGGCGCGGACCUCACGCUCGCGUUCCGGCGGAUCUGGGGCAACUUUGUCACUCGGAGCGAUCCUUCGAUCGAUGAUGAGGUGGUCAACGGCGCGUUGGGCGGUGGUGCGAGCGAGUGGCCGGCGUGGACGGAGACGGGGCCGAAGCAGUUGAAUUUGAACCAGACGGGAGGGGUGGCGUACGAGUUCGUUACGCAGUGGGGGGUUUCCGUGACGCAGUUUGCGGAGCCUGGGCUGGUGACUGAAAUUGAGGUCGUGCCGGCGGACGAGUGGGAGGGUGGACGCGGGGGGAGGUGUGAGUUUUGGAGGAGGUUGGCGCCGAGUAUCCCGGCGUAG